UAAUAAUUUUUGAUGUGUUGAUAUAGUAACGCACUUGGCACUUGGCACUUGGCAGUGGCACCUAUUACAUAACCUUAAACUACUCUCGUACUCACCUGCACUGCUCUCUCUCUCUCUCUCUAUUUCUCUCUUUGCUAUUGCAGUGAAUGAGUGAGUGAGUGAUUCUCUUCCCUUAGCUUCCGCAUCAAAUGAAUCCAUAGUCAUACUCAUCACACAAUAGCAAUGUCCAUAAACCAGUACUCGUGCUGGAACCAGCAGCAGCAGCAGCAGCAGCAAGCCGCCACGUGGGUGGCCGAUUCUAACAGUCCGCGUUUCAACCUGAACAAGGAGGAGGUGGUGGCGGCGGAGCAGGAAGAGGAGAAAGAAGCGAUGUUCGAGAAGGCUCUGACGCCGAGCGACGUGGGGAAGCUGAACAGGCUGGUGAUCCCCAAGCAGCACGCGGAGAAGCACUUCCCGCUAGAGUCGUCCUCGAAGGGCCUCUUGCUGAGUUUCGAAGACGAGUCCGGUAAGUGCUGGCGAUUCCGUUACUCUUAUUGGAACAGUAGCCAGAGUUACGUUUUGACCAAAGGAUGGAGCCGUUACGUCAAGGACAAACGCCUCAACGCUGGCGACGUCGUUUUGUUUCACAGACACCGCAUCCACCCUCACCGCUUCUUCAUCUCCUCCACCCCUCGCCAAACCCCACCCUCCUAUCCUCACUCUCACUCUCUAGGUGGAGGGUCCCAAGCCCAAGCCCAAGCCCAAGGACAGAAGGAAACCACAGCGGCUUCAAGUGGGAGGGUGCUCAGGCUGUUUGGGGUGAACAUGGAAUGCCAACCUCAACCUCAACCUCAUCAUGAUUCCCAAAACUCCACCCCACAAUGCUCUUACUCUUUCUCUCCAUAUUCUUCUUCAAACCCUCACCCUCGCCAUCACAUGCUACAUCAACAACAACCAUACUAGAAAUGCCCUCUCUCUUUAUUAGAUUCUCCUCUCUUUUUUUCUUCUUUUUUUCUUUUCCCUUUCCAGCUUCAGGGUUAAGGUAUACAUGCCCUUAAUUAAUUUUAGUCAAUGACCCUAGGUCAUUAACACCGACCCCUCACAGCAACCCUUCUUUAUUAUAACUAGUAUAUUUAGGUUGACGUUGAAGAUUAUAGAGGAUCUUUCUUGUCUUCA